GUUUCACAACACGAAUAAAUGCUUAGAUUUACACACGCUUUUAUCAAAUGUAUUGAAUAUUGGCAAUGUUGCACCUCAGAGUGGCGCUGGCGAUAUUUCGAAAAUCUCAAGUUAUUUAGAUAUCGCUUAUGUGUCUAGGAAUUUUCACCGGUCGUCGUCUACUUUUAAUCCAUAACCAUGGUAGAGUCUGAAAAUUUAGCUGACAGGAAGUACUAUAUUGAUUUUGUUCCAACAAACUCUGCACAAGCUAUUCAAAAAGCCGUUUCAAAUCUCUACUGCUGUGAGGAUAUUGUGAUCAAAGGAAGACUCGGAAAUGGAUAUUUUGCAUCUGUAUUUUUGGUUAAUCAUCGUCCAACUAAGAGGCUUAUGGCUAUGAAGCUGACCAAUGAAGCAUCCUUUCAUCGGCGCGAAAUAGAACUUUUGGGUUCUUUAAAUCAUAUCAAUGUUUUAAGACUCUAUGGAUCAUGUUUGAUCGGCGCUCGAUUUGUGUGUCUAACAGAAUACGCCAAUGGAGGUAGCCUAGCGGAUUUAUUGGCUGCUAAGGCAAUAGACUUGUCCUGGCCUGUGCGAAUCAACCUGGCUUUGGAUAUCGCCUACGGUCUUCAUCAUUUGCGUAGUCAUAAUCUUAUUCAUCGAGAUUUAACUUCUCAGAAUAUCCUUAUUCGAGUUCAACCCCGAAUUUAUCCUGACACAGUGGAUAAUGGUUUCAAUUCAACUUCUAACCGUGACCGUGAUAGUUUUCAUGAACGAAGUACACAAACAAAGCAAUCCAUCUCAGAAUGUGAUAUACAUACCAAAGGAGAUACACAUAAAAAUGGUGUAUCUCAACACCGUCAUAAUCUUCAUAAUCCCUACUAUCGGCAGCAACAACUACAGGGUUAUAAUAGAGUCCAUCAAGACAGUGAGACAGAUGAAUUUCUACUAUCCAACUCUUAUCUAGAUCUGUUGAACUCAGACAGCGAUGCAACUACUGUUGAUGAAUUCGGUUUAAAUUUAGCCCAUCUGCUUUCAUUUAUAAGUAAUCAUAGUCGUGAAAUAUCCUGUACCAAUAAGCUAAGUAUUCCCAUCAAUUGUUUACAGGCUAUGCCACUUAUUGAACCACAAUGGAAGCAGUUGAUCAGUAGUAGUGAUUUAUGCCUGUUAAAAUGCCUAAAUCGAUCAGAAGUUUUGACGUCGAACAGUCCGUUUACAUUCACAGCACUUGUAGCCGACUUGGGUUUAUGCUUGGAUUUAAGUCAGGAUCAUGUUGACGCUGUUUCAGUCGUCGGGAAUCCAUUUUACACAGCUCCAGAAUGCUUAAACCGAGUGGCACCGUAUACAUUUGCCGCAGAUAUUUUCUCCUAUGGUCUUUUGGUGUGUGAACUGAUAACACGUUUUCCUAAUGACUGUUCCCUUAUCCCUCGGAAAUCGUCUUUUGGUCUGGAUCAUGAAAACCUUCCAAUACCAUCAGACUGUCCUAUUUGGUUAUUUCAGCUGGCGGUAGAUUGUUGCAGUGUUGAUCACUUAUUACGUCCAGACAUUCUCGACGUUAUUGAUCGUAUUGAGAAAUGUCGUCUUAAUGUAUCGUGUCACUCAACAACAAUCCAUUCACCGUCUCCUGUGCCUGUACAAAAUUCAGUUACAACAAACGGUUCUUAUGAUAUUGCAUCUCAAGAAAUUGUCCAUGAAUCUGCUACAUAAAAUAUGCCUAACAUAACUUAUAUAAACAAUCUCCAUUUCCCUUACUGUUUCGCCUUAACAGAUCUGAUUUCUCAUGUAUUUUGUGUCAAUAAUUGCGAUGCGGUGCGAAUACUCCGUCCUUUUUGAUAAUAAUAAUAAUAAUAAUCACUUUCUGGUUCAUUUUUCGAACCGUGCACACGUGCUAUUUAUAAGCAUUUCCCACUGAAAAAAGACAAUCAAAUACCUAACUAAUUCAGGUAGUCAUCCUCUUUUUUAAAAGAAAAAAAUCAUCUGUUUUCUCUCUUGUGCUGCUGUGCUGUUUUUUUUUAUUAUUCCCCCCUCUCACAGUUCUUUCAAUUAUUGUUUGUUACUUUUUGUCUUCUAAUUUUUGCCUUAAUCAAUAAUUUUUAAUGCGACGGGAGGAGGAGGCGCCUUUGUCUAACAAAUAUAUGUAUACAAUGAAUUAUCAGGAUAAUUUCCUGCUCAUCCUAAUCUCAAUGAUUAAUUUCAAUUUUUGUUUUUUAGUCUAUAUCUUACAAAAUAAGUACACAGGGAAAAAACUGUAUUUUUAUUGUCUCUCUAAUAUUUGUUUAUUUAUUUAUUUAUUUUGAAAGGGAAGGAUUAAUUCUGUACUUAUAUCUUAAGUGUAUUAUCGUUUUCUUCUUCUUCCUCUUCUCCUGUUUAACCGUCGUCUGUUUCCCAACACUCCUCCCUCGUUCAGUGAUUAACUAUGCCCCACUUGUUUGUUAUUCUUGUUUUUACUAGUCUUAUCAUCGUUAUAUUACCGGCGUCACAUAAUCACUAUCACUAUUUGUUUUGCGUUGUUCUCAAUGCAAUUGUUACUGUUAUGACGACGAUCCUGUCAUUAUUGAUGCAUUACAAGUGUUCUCCCCCCUCUUUUCUUUCAAAUGAAAAGGAUAGUGUUUAUCUUCUGCACUCCUAAGGAUCUGCCUUCCCCCCUCUCUCUCUCUCUCUCUCUCUCUCUAUAUAUAUAUAUAUAUAUAUAUAUAUAUAUAUAUAUAUAUAUAUAUAUAUGGCAUUUACCAACUCACUAGUAUGUAUGCAUAUCUAAAGAGAUCUGCUCCUCUGUGCUUCCACUAGUAAUUAUGGGGAAUUCUUCUUCUCUUUUUUUUGUAAGUGUAUUAUAAUCUAUCAAGCAAGUAGUUGUUUAGUCUAUUGUUACUAUUAUUAGUAGUAGUAGCUCUUCUCUCAGUCUUUUUCUUUUCCUGUAUCAUUGUGAUUUUUAUUUCUGUCAUUUUCUUCUUAUUAAUUAGUAAUAUUCCUCUUUAUGCUUGUUUUGUAAACCCUCAGUUAAUAAUAACUAUUAUUAUCAAUGAACUGAUAUUAAUGCACAAAGUUGCCUAUUUCUCCUUUUUUUUGUUUGUUUGUUUACGGUGUAGAAACGAUCUGUAAUAUCAUUUAUUUUAUUUAUUUUUUUCUUUUUUGGUGUUGUUGUUGUUAAAGCGCAAAGAAUGAAAAAAAGAAAGAAGAAACAUGAAUCUCAUUUCUCCCUCGUUUUGCUUUUUUUCAUAUCCUCCUCUAGGGAGUAGGGACUUUUCUUGACCGCUUGCAGGUUUCUUUAGUAGCUCCAAAAGCAGA